GGGGUUUCGUCGUAAAUGGCGCUGCAAAUAGAAAGUAUAAAACGAGACAAACAUAUAAUUAUGCAUGGAGUGCAACAGAGACAGCGCAUCAGACAACCGCCUAGGAUUUUGCCAGGCGGCCAAUGCUGGCAUCGCGCCAUACUGGCAAUGGCAUCUGUGUCUGUUCUGUGCAUGCUUGCCUGUGAGUGAACGGAACAGAAUUUAAUUUGCUCACGCUCACGCUCAGUGGCUCAGCCUCAGCCUAGAUUGCUGCGGAGUGCGGUCGAUCGAAAAAAUAUUGUUAUUCCAAUUACAAUUGUAAUUUGCAUAAUUUAAUUAGAAUUGUAAUACAAAAACUUCUUGUGUAAUUGAUAGUGUCUUCAAAUACGCGUUUAGUUUGUGCACUAUUCGUAUCGUAUCGGUUUCGGUGCAACUGUUGUUCUUCUUGGCGUUUAUUUGGCCGGCCAUUUUGUAUUUUCAUUUUUCAUGCAAGGUUCAUGCAAGUUUUAAGUCUGAGAAAAACUGGAUUUCAAAUAAAAACUUUUGGGGAGUCGAGUGCAAACCGGUGGGCUUUGUCGUGUUAUUGUUUGUGGACGAAUAAUUGUUUCUGCUACUGACUAUUGCAUCUGUGAUUGUGUAUGUGAAUUUGGCUGACCCUGCAAAGACGAAAGAAAUAUUACAAAGGAGAUUAAAACUGACUGAAAUUCUUGAUGUUAUUAAGUAAAAUGAGAGUUAAUCAUGAGCACAAAGAUUGAAUCUGAAUUCCCAUCAUCAACACCAAACGAUGAGUCAGAUGGAGAGGAAGAAUGUGAUGAUUUAGAUUCCAAUUAUCAAGAGGAAGACCAGCAGCAAGAGGAGCAACAGGAAGUUAUAAAGACUGUAGGAAAAGAUGUUUCUGGUUUAUUAGCUAGGCUGCAAUCGUCAGGAGCAUUACUCAAGAAGCCAAAACAGGAAUAUCACUGUUUUACUUGUAGUAUUGAUUUUGAGAAUUGGGAAGAUCUAGAAAAUCAUCUUGUAAACCACGUUUCCUUGCCCUCUGUGGUACUAGACAAGCUGCCUUCCGACGACGAAGAUCUGCCUCCGUCUGGAGAUGAAAAUUGGUCUGAUGAAGAAGCACCAGCAGCGCCAGUUAAGCCCGGUGCGGCAAAAACGCCCCAAAAGAUAGAUAUAUCACAAUUACUAAAAAAGACUGGCAUUUCUUUAAAAAAACCUGUUGCAGAAGUCAAUAGUUCUGAUUCAGCAUUAAAUAAACUAAGUGGAUUAGGUUUCACGAUAAAGAAAAAUUCAACUCCAAUAAAAAAGGAGAAACCUGACAAUGAACCCGAAAAACAAAACGAUGUCAUGCAAAAAUUGGGUAAACUUGGUGGUAUAAAACUUAAGCUAAAAUGUGAUGGAAAUAAUACUAAUUCGUUUAAAGUAGUGAAUGGCCUUAAAGAUUUUAAAACUUCUGAUGAUGAGGAGGAAGGAAGUGACAAUGAAGACGAUAAAGAUGAUCAAGAAUCGAAUGAUGAGCAAGACAAAUCCGGUGAAAAUGAUUCCGAUGAUCACCAGAAUGUAAAUAAGCGACGAAGUUCCGAUAGCAAUGAUUCUGAAAUAGUUAAAAAGAUUCCUAUUUUACCUAAAGGCGUUCAAGCAAAAAUAAUACCUAAAAAGGAACCAGCAAAUACUCUUAAAGAUACAUUUAAGGAAGAGCAAGAGGAAACUCCAAAAGCAAAACCUGGAAGGCCUGCUAUUAAACAGACCCCAAAAAGAGGAGUUGUUAAUAAUGUAAUAUCUCAAGAACCUGAACAAUCGAAUAUAACUUUGACAAGAAGACGGUCUCAAGUAGAACAGAAAAAGCCAUCACCAGCAGUUACACCAGAAACACAUGAAUCGAACGAAAAAGUCGAUAAUGUUGUAGUAAAGCAAGAAGUGGCAGAUAAUAUUACUGGAGUGCCACAGAACAACGAUUUACCACUAUUUUCUGGCCAAAUAAAAUCUGAAAGAUCUACGCCACCAUUGUCAGAAAGGACGACUCCUAUAUUAGCAAGAGUUAAAACUGAACCUGAAAUCGGGCUGCCGACAACUCCAACAGCUAAUACACAACCUCUUUUCAGUUAUAAAAACACAUCACAUGCCACUACGCCAACCACUCCUUUACUUCCUGUGACAAAAACAGAAGAUACUGGUGUAACUGUUAUAGAGAUAAACGGUGAUUCCAAUGAUGAAGAUGAUGAUUGUUGUGUUGUAUCCACUACACCCGCUCCUGUCAUUAAGCCUAAAGUUGAAAAAUCACCUCCACCUGCUUAUCCCACUCCUACAUACUCAACAUCCCAAACGAGUUAUCAGAGCUCAGGACCGACUUUGUCAUCACGUAUGUCAACUGCGCCAUCAACUGAAAAGCAACACAACUUCAACUGGAAUGCUCCUGACACUAAACCACCAUUAGAUAUGUUAGAAAAAAGUGCAGAUGAUAUAUUUGAAAGUCUUCUAUCAACUGCCACAAAAAAGGAAAAUUUGCUAGAUGCUAGUGAAUAUGUAUCUUUGGAUUCCUUAGGACCACAACAUACUUGUGAAAUUUGUAAUACCAGGUUUACAAGUUUGUCACUUUUAGAUGAUCACAGAAGGGUGACAGGCCAUUGUUCUAGCAUCAUUUCUGCUUCCCCUACAUCUGCGCUCAUGCCGUAUAAUCAUUCAUCAAGUAUUCUUUCCACUCUAUUACCUGUAAAACAGUUAGCAGAACAAGUGGGCAAGUUAUCGGGGAGUAGCGCUGGAUUUACUCAUCAGCAAAAUGUGAUGAUUAAUAUCCAAGCAUAUCCUGGAGGAGGAGGUGUGAUGGUGCCGCCUCAACCAUAUAACACCUAUCCUAGUGGACAGAAUAUGCCUGGAAACUAUCCACAAUCAGCCAGUAACAUGUAUAGUUCACCUGGCAGUCAACAAAUGCCUAAUCAAUAUGCAGGACCUAAUUACAUGGGACAGGGGUAUAAUCAAUAUCCAUCGCCAAUGUCAAAAGCUGGUUACCCUGGAACUUUACCACAAAACUCAUAUUCAAUGGCUUCAUCCCCAUAUUCUGCAGCAUCCCCUUUGCAAAGCAUGCAACAGAGUGUUUAUCAAACUUCUAUGAUGAAUCAACCUGGCGCGAUGGGCCCGCCAGGAUCUUCGCCCAGCCACUCGUAUGCCUCAGCGACAAGCCCUGGAGGAGCGAUGAAAACGGCAUCAGCCAGUGGGAUAAAGAUACAAAACAUACAAACUUUUCCUCCUGGUCAAAUUAUUGGACAGGCAGGAACGGGACAAAUCUCUGGUGAAUUAGGCUCUGGGCAACCAAUGCCUGGUCAAGUACCUGGGCAGAUAUCAGGACCGACACCUAUCAGAAUGGCAGCUGGUGCAAAUGUUGCUGGGACUAGACCUCGAAUGCCAUCUGUUCGAGGACAAAGGCCUACAAUUCGGCCAGGUAUUCAAGUGCACGGCCAAGUACGCGGUGGUAAAAUUGGACCCAGAAUGCCGAUGAAAAGACCUGGAGCUAUGGUCGGUGUCGGUGGCCCUGGACAGAAACGACGACCUGAUAUGUUGCUACCUGGUAAACAUGACAAUGAAGACUGUCAAGUUAUGGCACUGCAGAAGCAGCGCGAAGGUCUACCGUUGAUCCAUAGCGUGCAGGGAGCUAAAGACAAACUUAACAUUGGCAGCCAAAUUUCAAUAACAAAGAAAUCCAAUCCUGUUAACAAAGAAGCGAAUGCAAUGGCAAAUGUUCUUGCAUCCAGAGGCAUAAGUGUGAAACAAAAACAGAAGAGUAGGUCUCCAUCACCGGAUCGUCCGUUGCCACACAUACCUAACCUUGGAGCAGGAAUGAGUAUCAAACACACAUCCAAGUCGAGUAAAUUUUCAAUACCUGAAGCGAAAGUUGGAGCUGGAAUGUAUUCGUGUAAGAUCUGCAAGAAAAUGUUUAUGAAUCAAACUUCAUUACAAGUUCACAUGUCCAAUGCACAUCCGCAGACGACAAGCAAAAUUCCCAUGUUUAAAUGUGACGAGUGUCCAGCAUCAUAUCCCAAGUCACUGCAACUGCAGCACCACAAGAGAGUGUUUCACAAUGUGUCAGGGCCUAAUCGGGAGCUGGGCUUGCCUGUGGUGGAUCUGUCGCAGGAGGAUAAUUUAAAAAGAUUAAGUAAUUUAGGAAUAUAUAGUUUUAUACCUUUGGCCAACCGGGAGCUUGCGAAUGGUUGCUUUGGCAUACCUGUGAUAUCAGUGCACAACAUGCAAAACGGUUUAACGUCUAGCUUACAAGCGCUGGGUGCUGAUGGACUAUUGAGCCUAGGGCCUUUGAAACCUUUACCUAAUUAAUAAAAUCUUGAUUGUUUAACAGUGGAAUUCAAAGACGUUGUAGGGCCACCCCCAGGGGAUCAUUCAACCGCUGAGUGUCGAAUUUAAUCUCUAUUUGUUUGACAGUUUGACUCAGCGGGUGAAUGAUCUCCUGGAGGUGCCUCUAGAAUGUAUAUGAAUUCCACUGUUCGUAUGUUAAAAAAUUUGGAGUAUUAUGUACUGAGGAAAAUAGUGAUAUAACUGAAAGUAACAAUUACUAUUUUCCAACAAUUCGAUUAAUACAUAUUUUGCAAGACAACUUGCAUUUUUAUGGUUAAAUGGUAACUAGUACAUUUAAGCAUAGACGCGUAAUAAUGUGUUAAUUAUUAUGCAUCUAUGAACAUAAUAUUUACAUUAAGUAUGUAUUUAUUUUACACUAAUUUUAUUUAGUUGUACUAGGCUCUGCACAAACUUCAACAGUAUUGCUCUAAAUAUCACACUAAGAUUGUGAACACCGUUAGAUUUUCUUAAUCUAAAAUCGUAAAUUACACUGCAAUACAAUACAAACCAUUUAUAUUUACAAUUAUUUCUCUUAAACUUAAAAGGAAACGUAAAUUGUACUCGAAAGAGACUAUUUAGUUAAGUCAAGUACAGCCCCUGCAUUAUAUAAAGUUACAACGAUGUGACAUCGCUCAUUUCCAUGGCAACUACCUUGUUAGUUACAAUUUUUUUUGGCAUCCCAUAGAAAUAAAGUUCAAAUUCUAAUAAAAAAUUGAUAUAGGCGAAUAUAAAAUAGUGGAAUCACUCCCUAGUAUUAUAUGUGUCGGAAAUCUAAGAUGAUAGUAAUUUUAUGAAAUGGAGAGAUCGCGUAGAGAUCAUGACAGUUGCUGAAUGGAGAAAACUUAUUUGUUCUACUCCCAUUUCGUUAUCUAAUCAAUAUAAAACCUCAAACUAUAUUAAAGCUAUUCAUUCCUCCAGGUCGUAUGGUAAUGUUAUUUAUAUUUAACACACGGGUUUUUCUUUUUUAAUAUUUAAAUAGUUUCAUGUCAUUGGCUACUACAUCCCUCUAAGGGGUGAUCGUGGGGAUCAAAUUGCAUUAGUUAUAUGUGGCAAUAAUGUACCGAUUUCUAAAAAAAGUCUUUUCUCUUUUUUUUAGAAAUAUGGGUUACUUCAAAGUAGAUUAAAAAAUAAAACUUACGUUUAGUGGUUGUUUUUAGAUUGGUAACAAUCUAUUACAUAAUAACAACAAAAAAGAACAGACAGAACAAACAGGCAUUUUUAGGGAGCUCUUUACACCACAAAAACGAUUAUAACAAUGAAACAUCGAUUUUACAGAACAGUUUUUAUAAACGCGUUAGAUCGUUGAUCUUAUAUAUUGACAGAGGGGUAACGUCCUGCGAAGCAGGUCCUUAUGUAAUUCGUCUGAGCGUAUUGUAGUUUAUAUUGUUGUGUAGUAUAUUUUAUUUAGCGCUAGUCUAAAAUGCCAUAUACAAUAUAGACCUUAAUGACUAUGUCAUGGACAUGCGGCCAACACGAUCAGUUUUAUCGGAUGUCCUGCCAUUAGCGCUGCAUGUGGACUUAUUGGAAGGUGAUUGGUCAGCAUAACGGUGUUCACAAUCAUAUGGUGGUCAGUGAUAUACAUGACGUAGGUAUGUAUAUAUAAAAUAUUGUCUAAAUAAUAUCAUAGCGAGCGUGGUUUAUUUACAUUAUACGUACCGAGGUAAUGAAGAUUUUUAAGCUUCACAUGAGAGCAAAGCGGGAAGAAUUUUCCUUUACUUAUUUUUUUACUACUACAGUGGAAUAUGUAUAUUUUAGUCGUAUUUGAUUUGUAUGUACCUAUAUUUAUUUGAAUCCCUGGUUAUUUAUGUAUUCAACGUUGUACCUACCGUAUAUAUUGAGAUUGGCGGGAAAAUCCGUAGGAAUCACAUGCACGUCUCGUGUUAUUUUCCUUGAUUAUCUGCAUUUUAUAGUUUUUUUUUGCAUAAAGUAGAAUGCAUUUUAUUCAAUAACGUUCUGUUAAGGUGCACAAGUGAAGUACAAGUACAGGUGUGUUUAAAGUGAUUAAUUUUUAAUUUCUAUUGUCUCGGUGGAUUCCAUCAAAAGUUUUACACGUUAAAAGUUCAGCAAACAAUAUGAAAUGUGUCUCAACAUUUGUUACGUCAUAGGUCACGCUCGCAAAUGACAGUAUUUUGAAAUUUAAAUGCUCAAAUUAGGUCAAAUAUUUAAAGAGUUUAUUUUGCAGAAAAUUAUGAAAUUUUAUCUCUGGAUUUUCCAUAGUUUUGUUAUGUCAGAAAUUAUAUAUUAAUAUAUCUACAUUAUGACUUCGGUAUGUAAUAUAGAAUACUCGUUAGUGUAUUUAACAUUCUAGACAGCUUUCUUUUUUCAUAUAAAUUAUAUGUUAAUUUAAACAAAUUGACGUGAUUAUUGUGACAUUAUAGUUAAGCUUAAUUUGGCUGUUAACAGCCAAAUUAAGCGUUAAUUAUGUUAUAGGUCGCGCAUUCGGGUUUCUGCAGUGCGUCGUUAUAACUAUAUUCAGCGGCACAAUAAUCCGCCCACUUUAAUAUACUCGCGUUAUAUUAAAGUGGGCGGAUAGUUGUGCCUUUGAGUAUAUAUUAUGUUAUGUAUCUACUUAUGAAAUAUAAUGUCUACAUAAGAGAUGUCAUCUUAAAACUAAAUGUUAAUAUAAUUAUGUUAAGUGCAAUAAGGAAUUACAGAUCUUAUGUUUAGAGUAAGUAAAAACUUACGUUUUUUUUUUGCUAAAUAUAACAGAUAAAUAUUUUGAUAUGAUAUAUGAUAGAUGUUUUAGCACUAUCCUACGUAGGGUUCAACAAUAUAUAAAUAAGUGUCUCCUAAUCAUCGAUCUAUUAAAAACUGGAUGCACAAUCAGCGACCAAAAAACGUCCCCACUCAAUGAGUGUCAAACACAACUUCUUGGCACUCAAGUGUCAGAAUUUUGUGUCUUAACUUAUAUACUUUUGAUUGAUGGAUUUUGCAUGAAGUAAAUUUCAUUUCAACAAUAGACUUAAAUCUUGUUUAUCAGUUGUUCGGCAAAAAUGUCGAAAUACCUUUGAGUCUUCUAUCUGUAUAGAUUUGUUUUACCUAAUAAAUUUUAGGUAAUUUUUAUGUGUAGGAAUAAUAUUUUGCGCAUAUUAUGUGGAAUAAUGUAGUUUACGAUUAAGUUUGUAAAAUGAUUCUCAGAAAUUGUAAUAGAUAAGUCGCCACUAGGAAUAAAAUACAGAUUAGAUAUACGAGUAUGUAUUUUGCUUUGUAUAUACGCGGUUCCAAUUGUUUACGAAGGAAAAAUUGUGUUAUUGUACGAAAGAGUGUUUUUUAUGUUACUUAAAUUAAAAGAGUACCUACCUAUUACUAGAAUAACAAAAUAAUGAAUAAAAAAUAUAUGUGAAAUAAA